AUGGCGGAAUUCAAUAUCCUGACGACGAACCCCAUGCUCGGGUAUGGAUACCGCAGCGAGCAUUUCUGGUAUGGGAUCGAGCAAUACUCCCCCAAGGCCAUAAUUGUCGAUAGCGGCUCGACCGAUGGUGGCCCAUACAAGCUCGGCCUGAACAAGAUGACCUGCGGGCGCGAGUCUUAUAUCAGAGAUCUGACCCCUCUCCUGCAAGCGUGCUUCCACAAGAAGAUCCAGGUUUUGAUCGGCUCUGCGGGCGGAGAUGGUAGCGACAAGCAUGUGCAGGAAAUGUAUGAGAUGGUCGAAGAAAUCGCUCAGAAGGAGGGCUUCUCCUUCAAGGUGGCGACAAUUUCCGCCGGAAUCAACCGAGACAUGCUUCGGGAGCGCAUUAUCAACCACAAGGUCUCUCCGUGUGGCCCGGUGGAAGAACUGACUGUGGACAGUGCGGAGCGUGCUAUUGAUAUUGUCGCGCAGAUGGGUGCGGAACCAUUCCUGAAGGCUCUGGAAACAAACCCAGAUAUCAUUAUUGGAGGUCGCUCAUACGACCCAGCCCCAUUUGCCGCCUUCUCAAUCUACCAUGGAACAGAGGUUGGUGUGGCCUGGCACAUGGGAAAAAUCAUGGAGUGCGGUGGCAUUUGCGCCCUUCCCAAGGGCCGCUCCAUGAUUGCAACUGUUCGCAAGGACUCAUUCGAUCUGACCCCGCUGUCACCGAAGGAGCGAUGCACUCCCUUACCGUCUCCCUGCCCGGGAGGCGUACUCAACUUAGAGGGUGCUUCUUACGAGCAAAUUACGGAGAAGACGGUCCGCGUCAGUGGUGCCAAAUUUGAGCCGACUCCUGUGUAUCAAGUGAAGAUCGAAGGUGUCGAGAAGCUAGGAUAUCGCACAGUCUUUAUUGGAGGUAUCCGAGACCCGAUCUUGAUUAGCCAGAUUGACACUUUCCUGGCAGACGUGCGUGCUUAUACCCAGGACUUGUUCCCUCAGCUGGAUCAAUCCCCCCAAUGUCGCUUGAUCUUCCACUUCUAUGGCCGCAAUGGCACCAUGGGCCCCAUUGAACCGUUCAAAACGACCGUGGGCCAUGAACUUGCGUCAAUUCUGCACAUGCCAUAUAAGAACCAGGUGGCCACUUCUGGUAACUUUGCUUCUCCAUUGUCACCGCAUGAGACCGCCGCUGGUCCAGUGUUUAGAUUCAAUCUUUACCAUCUUGUCGACCUUGUUCCUGGAGAGGAAGUCGAUAUUUUCCCUAUUGCCCAACGCACCAUUACGAACGAAAAGCCUGCGAACCUGGCCGUCCCCGGCCUGACAGACGCGCAAAGAAAACAACUUGCCUCAGAAUCAUUGGAGCCACUGACAACCAAGCCAGUUCCCGCUGGAGAAUGUAAAAUGUUGGAGAUUGCAAAGAUCAUCCGGUCAAAGAACUCCGGUCCAUUUGAAUUGACCUUCGACAUCAUGUUCGAUAACAAAGAAGCCUACGACAGGGUUAAAAAUGCCAACGUUCUCACGAACGAACGCAUGAUGGCACUCUAUCACCUCAAACCCGAGGAUAUUAUUACAAACAUGUUUUUUGAGCCUGCUUUAGCCUGGAAAUGUACCAUCCGCCGACCCUGGGAACAGGGCACCGUUGGGGAGCGAGACACUCUCGGUACGCAGCAGCACGGUCCGCUACUUACUAUCGUUGUGCCAAAGCCUAACAGCAAGACGGAUCUCCCCUUCGAGAACCGCUCAGCUUUUACUGCAAAGGACAGCGUCGAAUAUCUCUGGAAUAAGCUUGGCCUUCCCGCCGAUUCUCUCAAGCAGCUUUUGCUCCCUGGAGAAGGUCUAGGCCUGCCCUCUUCUUUCAAGAUUGCACACAUCGCUCAAGCAUCUAUUGGACUCUCAGCUCUCUUGGCCGCCCAGAUCUAUGCUCACCGCAACUCCAUCCCUAUCCCUCAAGUCAGCGUUCCAUUGCAGCAUGCAUGUAUCGAGUUCAAAUCAGAACGACUAUACAUUUUAGAUGGGACUCCUGCGCCUACAGCCGAGGCCACGAUCGGUGGACUCCACAAGACAACGGACGGCUACGUGCGUGUGCAUGAUGGAUUCCCCAACCACAGAGAUGGCACGAAGGCGCUCCUAGGGCUCCCGGUAGACGCCGAUCGUACUCAAGUUGCCGAGAGUAUUGCUCCAUGGAGGUCUAUCGACUUGGAAUAUGCUGCAACCGAUUCCAAAUUGGUAAUUGCUGCUCUCCGCAGCUAUUCUGAAUGGGAUCUUCUGCCCCAAGCCCGCGCCAUUUCCGAUUUCCCUAUUUCUCUUCGCAAACUCGGUGACGGUCCGGCUGGCCUGCCCAAGGGGGUUGACUAUGCAAACGCAGACAAGGCCCUUCGAGGUCUGCGUGUUCUCGACCUCUCUCGUGUCAUCGCCGCUCCGCUAGCGGGCAAGACUCUCGCGGCCCAUGGUGCCGACGUUCUCUGGGUCACUAGUCCCAACCUCCCGGACCUUCCCCUGGUGGACCGAGACUUCGGUCGCGGCAAGCGUACAAUCCAGGUUGAUCUGGCAACUGACCAAGGGCGCGACGAACUAUCGGGUCUGUUGGAAGAUGCGCACGUCUUCCUACAAGGCUUCAGACCCGGUAGCAUUGCUGGACGUGGAUUCUCUGCUGCGGAACUUGCAAAGCGCUUCUCUGACCGUGGUAUAAUUUAUGCCAACUUCUCAGCAUAUGGGCCCAGCGGCCCAUGGCGUGGCAAGCGUGGCUUUGACUCCCUCGUCCAAACUGUCUCUGGUAUGGGCGUUUCCGAAGCCGAACAUUUCGGUGCUGGAGAGCCCGCUCGACCAACCCCAUGCCAGGCCCUCGACCACGCUGGUGGUUACUUCUUGGCUGCUGGCAUCAUGGCGGCGCUGUACAAGCAGGCUACCGAAGGUGGCUCGUGGGAGGUCAAUGUCUCGCUUGCCGGUACUAUGAAGUAUCUGCGGUCUUUGGGCCAAUUCGAAGGGAAGUCUGGGUUCCAGACUCCGGAUUAUACGUCUAGCAAAGAUGUCCCGGCCGAGCUCCUUGAGACUCGAUCGACUGGCUUUGGUGACUUGACUGCUGUCAAGCAUUCUGUAACCAUCGAGGGCCUCCAGGUUGGAUGGGAUGUUAUGCCCAAGCCACUUGGGUCGGACAAGAAGGAAUGGCUUUUGUCAUAG